CUAAGUGCUAUUAUUAUUGCUAUUAAAGCACAGGAUACAUAAAUAGGAACUAUGCAAGGAAUCUGGAAACUGAUCUAUAUUAAAGAGAAAGAAUUACCCAGGAAUAAAAACCCAUCCUGGAGGGGGAGAAAAAAAAACUAUUGUGUUUAUGAACCAAUAGCUUGAUCUUUUUCCUCUGAAAACUGAAAAAAGUUUUUAAUAACUUUUUAAAUCCUUCUAGAUGUCCAUUAUCAAUUGAAUCAACCUUUUGACAAUCUGAAUGUUUGGAACACGGGAGGAAGGAAAUUAGCGGCGGUGUCGGCAUCUGACUCUUUUGCCCUCUGCAAGUUGCUCCUGCUCUUCCCGCGCGUCCCUUUUCAGACAGGCUCGCUCCGAUCUCGAGGUCCAGCUGUUUCGUUGCGUUCCGGAAUACUUUCCUGGGGCCGCCAAAUCCCACCUUUCGGCGGGCAGCUGCGCCUUUAAGAAAAAUGCUCCUUCCCCUUCCCUACAAUCGAAUCUCACCCAGAUAAGGACCACCUUAGCAACCACCGGCCAAUGGCGUCUCUUCGCGAAAGGGAAGCGGGAACGAGCCUCCCGAGGCAUACCCAAUCGGUAGCGGCGCGCGUGUGAAAGAGGUCUGCAUAGCCAUAUAUAAAAGGGAGAGAAUCAGGAAGGGCUUUCAUGGCCCAUCCUUGAAAAGUCAUGGAAAGAGAACUGCUAUUGGCUCCUAUAACAGCUCUGGAGAUUGUGGGAGAUCAUCUUAUAGCAGGAGAAGGACCCAGCAUAGGUGUCUAUAGUUUGGAGCCUGAUGCCAGCCCAUCAGCAAGAUGCUCCAAGCAGGUCCUUCGGAACUAUACUGUCCAUGGUAUUAAGGAGCAGCGGAGUUUGAGUCCCAGAGAUAACAAAUCCUCAACCCUGGCUAUCUUUGGAGGCAAAAGCUUUGUGGUUGUAAAGCUCAGCUUCCAGAACAGCUCAGUGGAACUCAGUGAAGUCUUUCCUUUCUGUGAGCUGCACGACUGGAUCUGGGACCUGCAGUGGAUGGAAGGCAGGAUUGAGAUGUCCAGCAGUGUAGCUGUGGCCUUGGGACACAAUUCAGUGGCACUAUAUGACUGCAUCAGCCAGAGGGUUCUCCAAGAAGUGCACUGCCAAGAGAAGUGUAUCCUCUAUUCUGCCCUCUUGGUAGGGAGCUGCUGGGAGACGUUGGUUCUGGUGGCUGGCACAGUCUUUCAUCAGUUGGUGAUCUGGUGUGUGGCUGACCAGACAGAUGACACAGGAAGAAUAAAGCCCCACAGCAGGAUCAGUGGACACAGCGGUGUCAUCUUCAGCAUUUGCUUCCUGGAGAGCAAAGGCAUCCUGGCCUCUGCCUCUGAUGACAGGAGUGUGCGACUCUGGAGCAUCGGUGACCUCAGAACACCUCCUGCUCUGGUCCCAUGCUUGCUGAUGUGCUACGGGCACCAGUCCAGAGUCUGGUCAGUAAGACUGCUAAGGGACUACAUCAUCAGCAUUGGUGAGGAUUCAGCCUGUCUUGCGUGGAACUAUCGGGGCAAGAUUGUCCACAACUUCAAAGGACACAAGGGCCAAGGACUCCGGGCAGUGGCUGUGGAUGAGGAGCGAGACUGGGUGUUUACAGGAGGAACUGAUUCGGGCAUUAGACACUGGUGCCUCAAGGAAAGAAGCACCACUAGAAACCGGCUCUGGCAGCUGAAUUUUCCUUCCACUGACAGAAAAGGAUCCCCCAGGGCAGUAAAACUGGUGGAUGUAAACCAUCUGCUGGUGAUGACUGAUGCCGGGGCUGUCUAUUCCUGUGACUUGGCUUCUGAAGCUUGGGCAUUGCUCCUGGAGGAUGCUGCUUAUCAGUCUUACAGUCUCUUAGAAGUGUCCAAGCUUGCCACUGGAGGCAUUCUCUGUGCCAUGGGCAAUUUGUCAGGGCAGGUGAAAGUUUUUCCGUUCAGCAGUCCUGCACAAAGCAAGGAGUUAAACCUCUUUGAAGGGAAAGUGCACACUUUGACUUGGGCCACCGAUCCAAACCAGAACCCCAAUACGUGCAGCCUCUUUGCCUCGGGCCCAGCUGGGGCUUUAUUGUGGCUGGAGGUCUCUUGGCACCUAUUUGAGAGAAUAACUGUGGUGGUAAAGCAAUGUUUCCUCCUGCCAGCCUGCAAGCAGCGAUGGCACACCUGCAUUGCUUUUUUGCCCCAGGGAGAAUUUCUGCUUUGUGGCGACCGCAGAGGCUCUCUUAUGAUGUUUGCCUGCAAGCCAACUCUGGGAGUGGAAAAAGCAAAAGGGGGAGGCGAACCUGGCAGCUCUACUUCAGAGAUCAUCUGUACCUUGCCUGGAUUUUCCUUCCCUAUUGGAAGUGGAGAGCCCCACGCUGAGAGGCCCAUUUCUCUGCUUUUCGGGCUUCAUGGGAAACAGGGGGUGACCUCUGUAACCUGCCACAGUGGCUUUAUUUACAGCACAGGGAGAGAUAGCUGCUAUCGCCAGCUGCAAGUGCAGGAUCAGCAGCUCCAAAUGCUGAGGAAGCAAAAGCCGUGCAAAGACCUAGAAUGGCUGGAAGACCUACGCUUUGGCCCUGAUGGGAACCUGAGGGUGCUCGGCUUCCAUGCUACCCACUUUGUAAUUUGGAGUGCCAGCAGCAGUGAGAGGCUCCUCUGCAUUCCCUGCGGAGGUGGGCACCGCUCCUGGAGCUAUGCCCAUUGCCUUUCCAUGGAGACCUUUGCGUAUAUCAAAUCUGGGGAAAUUUGGUUGUACCAAAAUAAAGCCUCCAGUGGGCAGCGGAUCCUGAAAGCAGCUCUGCAUGGCAGGGGGUUGACAUGUGUGUGUCACAUUGGUACCCUGGAAACCUCUGGGCGAGAAAGAAUCAGCAUUCUUGCCACAGGAAGUGAGGAUAAUACGGUGAACAUUCUCGCUUUUAACGUGCAAACUCGCACGGUGACCCAGCUAGCGGCUCUUGGCGACCACAUCUCCAGUAUAAGAGCUCUGACUGUGGUCCAAAACGGCAUUAGUCAGCCUGAGAGGGAAAAGAUCUCCGUGAUGCUUUUUUCAGCUGGGGGGCGAGCCCAAAUUGAGUGUUAUCGAUUAACGCUCGGCCCUAAGCCUGGUUCCAGCAGCAGUGUAGCCUGUCAGCUGGUUCACGUCGCAUCGCAUCGCCUCGAUGAGCAUUGGGAUUACAAGAAGAAUAAGCACAAACUCAUCAAGAUGGAUCCAGAAACCAGGUACAUGUCUGUGGUGGUGCUUGCUAGGAUAGAAGAGGCGGAAUUGCCCGGUCCCUUGUGUUUCCUCGCUGCUGCUUGUAGUGAUGGAUCUGUCCGACUGUUCCUGUUGCUUGAGAGUGCCAAGAAGUUGUGUCUUAUAGCAGAAUCCUUUCACCAUCAGCACUGUGUCCUGAAGGUCGAGGCAUUUGCCUACAAGAUGGCUAGUGGGAGAAGGAGACACUUUAUGGGCAGUGCAGCCACUGAUGGGAGCAUUGCAUUUUGGGAUGUUACUGCUGCCCUCGGCCAUAUUGCAGCAAUAGUAAAGACAGGAGACAUUCAGAUGAAACCUCUAGCCCUGGAAUCUCCAGUCCUGGCCAUUCAGGCUCACAGCUGCGGUGUGAACAGCCUCCACAUCCAGAAAACAGCCGAGAGACGCUUCGUAGUGAUUAGUGGCAGUGACGACGGAUCCAUCUCUGUCCAUGUUAUUGAUGCGAAGGCUGAAAGCGCUGUGGGCCAGGAGACCGCAGCCAGGGCUGGCAUCCAAGUGGUCAGAAAAGUAUCGAGGCUUUGCGCUCACGCAGCUCACGUGACAGGAGUGAGGCUCUUCCACCUGAACUUCCUCCUUUCUGUGUCAGCGGACCAACGCUUGACCCUCUGGAGUCUCUGCGAGGACAGCUUAUCUUUCGUAGGGAGCAAAUUCUGCCACGUGGCUGAUGUGGCCGAUCUGGAGUGUUGGGAAACCGAAGGGCACAGUUAUCGCAGUGUGAUCUGUGGUCAGGGGUUGGAAAUCCUUUCCUGGAGGCUGGAUGUGCAAGGCAGAGAAAUAACAGGUGGGAUCUGAAACAGCUUUAUUUCACUGAAGUUCAUAAAAUGAAGGAGGACAACAGCAGGCAUCAAAAGGAAUUCUGCUCAUAACAUCAUUUGUAGCAGGGUGAAAGGCGUUGUUGUCCUAAUUGCACAAACCAUCUGAGAGGGUUUGGAUCUCAGGUCCUGAGAAGACUGCCUCACCCACUUCACAGGGCUGUUGUUGUGGGGAAAGUAGGAGGAGGAAGGUGUGUUGGAUUUGUUCACUGCCUUGAGUUAUUUGUAAAAACAAUAAAGGCGGGAAAUAAAUAAAUAAAUAAAUAAUAGGCAUUCUAGGGCAGCAGGACUUCCAGGGGCAGGAGAGAUGAGUACCAUGUGUGUGGGGUGUGUGUGUGUGUGUGUGUAUUCCCCCCCCCCCGAACUCCAGUUUAGAACAAGUGGUUCCCAGAACUAAGGACUUUUGCCCUUCCCCAUAUAUGCUAGACCAGGGGUAGGCAACCUUGGCUCUUUUAUGACUUGUGGACUUCAACUCCCAGAAUUCCUGAGCCAGCCUGGCUCAGCAUGGAAACCUCUCCAUUUCUCCUCAGCAUGGCUGGCUCAGGAAUUCUGGGAGUUGAAGUCCACAAGUCAUAAAAGAGCCAAGGUUGCCUACCCCUGUGCUAGACUAUCUCCAUUAAGCCCCAUACUCCAAGUUAGGAUUCUUCUUUCAUCAGUUUCUUUAGCCCUGGCAUUUGUUGGGAUACUGGGUAAAUGAUAAGACCUAUGCUGGGUAGCAUCUUUCAGACCUAGACUUAUAAUCCAGCAUUUCAUUCCUGGCUUGACUGUGGUUAUGGAUUCUCCAGAGCAAGAUGCAUAUUUCAUGACACAGCACAGUUAUACCCAGACUCCUUUGGUCCACUUGGAACUAGCAUAGGCAGCAGAAUAAUAACUUGAUCUCUCCGUUGAAAAACACUUAAUUUUGCAGAGUCUUCCACACCUUACAGAUGCUACUAACUAAUCCGGGAUGCUACAUUUCAAUUCAAUUCAGGUCCAGCCACAAUUUGCUCCUGAACAAAAUUAGGUUAUCAAGAGAUAGUAUCCGUGGGAGUAAUUGGUAGUUCCCUUCAGUGGGUCAGUCUAUGGCUCGCAGCUCACCUUGCCUACAGCAAGUAUCAUUACUUACCCAGGUUGUAUUGUAAUGGCAAGUGUGACUUCUUCCUUUGGGAAGUGCCAGAACCAAACAAGAAAUCACCUGCUGCUGAAAGAAGCAAGUGGACAAGCUAGCUGGAAAAGACAGGGAAAUCCCUAGUACGCAAUGUGAUUUUAUCUUAUCCAAAUCUUAUCCAGGAGACCAAGGCAGCACAUUUGGCAUGUUCUCCCAUUCUUCUCACAACAGUUACUGUUGUGGGACUAUAACCAAAUCAAGGUACUUAUCUGAUUCAAGUCCAGCGCUUUAUUACUUAACCAUAAAAGAAAAGUAGAGGAGAAAAAUAAUUUGGAUCAGCUCAAAAUUUAGUCCUCGAAGUCUAACAGAUCUAUCUAAGAUCGAUCUAUCUAAGAUUGGCUAGAAUGCAAAUCACUCAUUGGUCUGAGGAAACAGUGGCAGUAACUAAUGUCUAACGUUGACCACAUUUCCCCAAAGAAGAUGCCAAACUCGCUGCCCUAGACAAAGAACUGUGAUAUCAAUUAAUCAAUACUAGCUGAUGGGCACAAAAAAUGCCAUUAUGCGAUGGGCACAUUAGGAAAAAAAGUAUGAAAUAAAAGUGGAUAGCACACAUUUUAUUGCAUUACUUUGUUCUCCUUAUAAUGCUAUGGUUUGUGAGAGCUGAUGCUGAGCAGUCUGUCUCUGCUGAUAUAAUCUCAACCUUCUUUCCCUUGUCUUUUCAUAAGCCAUAGACCAGGGGUUCUCAACCGUGGCAACUUUAAGACUUGUGGACUUCAACUCCCAGAAUUCCUCAGCCAGCAAAGCUGGCUGAGUAAUUCUGGGAAUUGAAGUCCACAAGUCUUAAAG